GAGGCGGAAGUGGAGCCGCCCCGAGCCGCCAGCGCUUCAGCCCCGCCAGCGCCUCAGCCCCUCCGCGCCUCGGCCCAUGGCCGCCUACCCCUACCGCCCUGGCCCCGGCGCCGGCCCUGCGGCGGGCGCGGCGCUGCCGGACCAGAGCUUCCUGUGGAACGUCUUCCAGAGGGUUGAUAAAGACAGGAGCGGCGUGAUCUCGGACAACGAGCUUCAGCAAGCGUUAUCCAACGGCACAUGGACUCCAUUUAAUCCCGUGACUGUCAGGUCCAUCAUAUCCAUGUUUGACCGGGAGAACAAGGCUGGCGUGAACUUCAGCGAGUUCACUGGCGUCUGGAAGUACAUCACAGACUGGCAGAACGUCUUCCGCACCUAUGACAGGGACAAUUCCGGGAUGAUCGACAAGAACGAGCUCAAGCAGGCGCUCUCAGGUUUUGGGUACCGGCUCUCUGACCAGUUUCACGACAUCCUCAUUCGAAAGUUUGACAGACAAGGACGGGGGCAGAUCGCGUUUGAUGACUUCAUCCAGGGCUGCAUCGUCUUGCAGAGGUUGACAGAUAUAUUCAGACGCUACGAUACAGAUCAGGACGGCUGGAUUCAGGUGUCAUAUGAACAGUAUCUUUCCAUGGUCUUCAGCAUUGUAUAACACGGGCCUUUUGCAAAUAGCAGCGUGACUUACGGAAGAAAGACAUUUUCAAAUGCCAAAUCUGUUAACCUUUAACAAAAUGAAACACAGAUGCAGUUAGAUACUGUUCUUCCUUUAGAUUUUAUAUAAUUAAUAUUUGGGGACCUGACUGUACAUAUGUGGAUAAGCUGAUUAACGUUUUGCAGUUGUAACAAUGGUUAUAUCAUUAUUCAGAUACAGACAUUUGAUUUGGUGACUGUUUAAUUGUGCCAUGAGGUCAGAUAGAAUAAUGUUUCAGAUAUUCUGCAUGCAGAAAAUGCAUCAUGUGCUUUUCUAGAUAGCUCCAGCUCUAUAGUGCAAAUACUUUUAUUAGCCAAUAGGAAUUUUAAAAUAAUGUGAAACUUGCACAGAAAGCUUUUUAUGUGCCUUUUUAAAAAGGGGUUUAUUGUAUUCAUUUGGAUAUGCAAUGUAAGCAAUAAAGCACAUGUGCCCCUUGUC